ACCAGCACUAACUCUAACAUCUAAUUGGCCCCGGUGUGUUUGCAAUGGUCGUUAGUUCUCUGCAUUGAGUAACAAUGCAAAGUCAGAACUGAUUUGCUGUUUUCUUGCGCCUGUCCAUCCCAGCAGUGAGAGCGUGUGUCUGUGCCUGUGCAUUCAUUUCUGGAAGCAGCAGAGACUGGAGUAUUUGAUUGCCGAAAGAGGGUCGGUUCUGCAAUGCUCGCCAGGGAAUGCAUCGUAUCCGCACCUGGAAAAGUUAUUCUUCACGGUGAACAUGCAGUGGUGCAUGGAAAGGUGGCGUUGGCUGUAAGCUUAAACUUGCGGACAUACCUCCGAAUCCAGCCUGGCGCUGCAGGGAGAGUGUCCAUCAACAUGCCCAACAUAGACACCUUCCUGAGCUGGGACGUGUCCUCCCUGCACACCCUGCUUCCUGCCAGCAGGGCUGGUUUGCAGAAUGCUGUGGAGCCAGACGCAGCAGUGGUGCUGAAGCUGCGUGAGUAUGCAGGUCUCGGGGAUGGACUGGCAGACACACGCAGCCUGGCAGUACUCGCCUUCCUCUACAUAUACCUCUCUGUGUUUGCAGAAUCCAGAGAGCUGCCCAGCUUGACCAUGGCUGUGUGGUCUGAGCUGCCCACUGGGGCUGGUCUUGGCUCAAGCGCUGCUUUCUCUGUCUGCCUCUCCACUGCUCUGCUGGCCUCUAGAGGGGCUAUCGCCUGCCCGGCUGUAGAAGCAGCGCAGACUGCAAGGUGGAGUGACGAGGAUUUGGAGCUGAUUAACAAGUGGGCGUUCCAGGGAGAAAAAAUCAUCCACGGCAAUCCAUCGGGGGUGGACAACGCAGUGGGCACCUGGGGUGGAGCUUUACGAUACCACUCCGGGAAGAUCAAGCCAUUAAGCAGUACUCCUAUGUUAAGAAUUCUACUGACAAACACUCGAGUUCCCCGGAGUACCAAGGUUCUAGUGGCAGGAGUGAGAGACAAAAUAACCAAGUUUCCUGCUAUAAUGAAUCCAGUGCUGGACUCAAUAGACGCCAUUUCCUGCGAGUGUGAGCGAACCCUGAUGGAGAUGGCGAGAGGACCUGAAAUCCAACACUACCGAGUAUUAGAGGAGCUCAUUGACAUUAACCAGCACCACCUGAAUGUGAUGGGCGUGGGGCACCCCUCCCUGGACAGGCUGUGCCAGGUCAGCCUGGUACACGGGCUGCACAGCAAGCUGACUGGGGCCGGGGGAGGAGGCUGUGGCAUCACUCUGCUCACACCAGACACUGACAGCUCAGUAGUUGAAAGAUCGAUACAGGAACUGAAAGACUGUGGCUAUGACUGCUGGGAAACUAGUAUUGGUGCACCUGGUGUUCUGCAUCACUCUCCAUCCUCCCUGACGGAAGACGUGUUAAAGAUUUUAAACAGUUACUAAGGGGAUGUCUGCAACACAACGUUCGAUUUAUGCUGUCGACUUUCUCAGCCUGUGAGACGCUCUCACCGCAGGAUAUCAGUGGAUUCUCCACCGACACGCAUGGUGUUAGACGAGUGCUUCAGACUGCUCCCACCACAUAUAAACAACCAAACUGAUGUUUCUUUGCAAAAAUCAGAACACAAGCUGUGUUUAUGUCAUUUGGUGCAUUAAAUUUAGAGUUGGCUUUUGCAGUUAACAAAAUUAAGUCAUAAUAACAGUAUAGUUAAAGAGAAUAACGUUGAAAUAACAGGUAAAAAUGCUCCAAAAAAAACUACAAAGUAGCCUGUCCUCAAUUAACGGGUUCCAGGUGAAGUGCCCCAUAUGGCUUUAAAAUUAGAUUCUGCCUAUUUAAGAACAAGUCUUUCAUUUUCUACUCCGCUAGAAAAAACAUUUUGUAAGUAGUCACGACCACACAAGCAGUUGUGAGCUUGGCAGCUCCAUGCCACUUCUCAGGUGAUCUUUAACUUUCCUAACACAGCCAAACAUUCCUUCAUCUGAAGCCUGUUCACAUGAGUGCAGCACGCACACUGGAGAUUACCCUGCGAUUUCAGGAGCAGCACGAGCAAGUCUGAACAGUCUGACUUCAUCCUCAGCAAAGGCCUGCUGACAAAUGUUAUUGUUUUUGAUGCUUCCUGUUCAAAUUCAAUGACUUGCCCAGAGCUCCGUACAAUUUAGCCUGAAGCCCUUUAAUGAUUUCCUGUGCUAUUAGAUAAUUGGAGCGAUGAAGACAGGGCCAUGCGCACCAUGCUGUUUGUGUUCUUCUGCGUUUUACGCAAGUAAUACUUUGUAUUGUAUUUCUGUUAUUUAA